AUGGGAGGCAGAAGAGCAUUUGCAGAUUCAGAAGAAGCCUACAAAUCCCAUUUGGUGACAGAAAUAUGCAACAUUUCUUCAAACCUUGAGAAGGGCCAUUGUUGUGUUCAUCAGAGACCUCACCUUUAUCAUCUGUCACAUAAAAAGCCAUUCUUGGAUUGGUACCUUGUUCUUGGAGUGGAUGAAAAUGCAGGACUUGAUAUCAUCAGGAAGAGCUAUCUUAGACUUGCUUUGCUUGUUCAUCCUGAUAAAAACAAGCAUCCAAAAGCUGAUAUAGCCUUCAAACUCAUUUCAGAGGCUUAUGCUUGUCUAUCAGACAAUACAAUAAGAACAUCUUUCAAUGUGGAAAGACAGAAGAAAAACAUCUGCACCGAAUGCUGCAUUCGCCAUGAUAUCAUCCGAAUUCAAGGGAGAGUGAUCGGUUGA